AGGGCCGUUUUCCUCACACACUGCGGGCCCGCGGUGUUUAAGAUGGCCAAAGCCCUAGCGAAGCCCGAGGAUGUGAAGGAAAUGGACUGGGCCGAUCUCGAGCCACUCCUUCGGAACCACUACGCCCCCGCUGUACCCAUCCUCAUCCGGCGGGAUGAGUUCUAUCGGCGGAACCAGCGGCAGGACGAGAGCAUCAGCGACUUCAUAGCCGCCUUGCGGGACCUUGGGGGAAUGUGCGAGUUCCGGGACCUGGACGACGUCCUCCGAGACAAGGUCUACGUGGAGGUGAGCAUCGAGGGCGAGCCAUGCCAGAUGGAGGUAGACUCCGGAUCCUACCUCUCCAUGGUCGCCUGGAAAGAACUCAAGCGACUGGUGCCAAACAUCCAGAAAAGAGGACUGGAGAACCAGAAGCUGAUCAUCAAGGACUAUCAGGGAAACCGCAUCCCCGUCAUUGGGACCGGACAGUUCGAGGUGACUUUCAAAAACCGCACCGCGAAACUCCCCCUGACUAUCGUGGACCGGAACCGACCCAGCCUCUUGGGACUCCAAUGGUUCGCGCCACUCGGGAUCGAGGUCACGGGAAUAAAUCACACCACAGAGGCCGACUGGGAGCAGCAACUGGCGAGGGAUUUCCAAGAAGUAUUCGACGGCACUCUAGGCAAGUACAAAGGGCCCCCUAUCUCUUUCAACCUAGACCCAAAUAUCGCCCCCAUACGCCUAAAACCCAGGCGGGUGCCUUUUGCACUCCGGAAGAAAAUAGACGAGCAGAUUGACAAGCUCGUCAAACAGGGGGUUUUGCAGCCAAUCGAUCACGCCCGGUGGGAGACCCCUAUAGUCACCCCAGUCAAGCCAGAUGGGUCAGUAAGGAUCUGCGGGGACUAUAAGGCCACCCUCAAUUGCGCACUGCAACAAAGCGCCUACCCCGUCCCAGUAGUGCAACACCUAUUACACUCGCUGGGGGGGGGCAAGGUCUUUGCGAAGCUCGACCUGGCGCAAGCCUAUCAGCAACUGCCGGUCGAUGAAGAAACCGCCGAAGCGCAAACUAUAGUCACCCACCGGGGAGCGUUUCGCUGUAACCGACUCCAGUUUGGAGUCAGCGUGGCCCCAGGAAUUUUCCAGAGCCUCAUGGAGAGGUUGCUGCGAGGAAUCAAGGGGGUGGUCCCUUAUUUUGACGAUGUAUUAGUAUCGGCAGCCAACCAGGAGGAAUUAGAGGGUCGCCUAAGGGAGGUGCUAGAAAAAUUCAAAGGGGCCGGGCUGAAGGUGAAGAAAGAGAAAUGCCAGCUAUGCACAGAGCAAGUCGAGUUCCUGGGGUACCUCCUAGACCGACAUGGCAUCCACCCAACCGGAAGCAAAGUCAAGGCCAUAAAGGAAGCCCCCACACCCAAGAACAAAACAGAGCUGCAGGCAUUUCUGGGACUGCUAAAUUUUUACAAUAAUACCAAAGACCUGCUCACCUCGGAUGCCGUUCUCAUUCAGUAUAAUGAGACCCUACCCAUCGCCGUCACAUGCGACGCCUCACCAUUUGGCGUCGGCGCCGUCCUCAGCCAUACACUUCCAGACGGAAAAGAAGCACCCAUCGCUUUCUUUUCAAGAACACUCAGCAAACCCGAAAGAAACUACAGCCAAUUAGAUAAGGAGGCACUGGCCAUCGUCGCAGCGGUAAAGAAGUUCCACGAGUACCUCUACGGCCGCCGAUUCACCCUCAUCACGGACCACAAGCCACUGCUGGGCAUCCUGGCGGGGAACAAGGCCACCCCGAACAUCCUAUCCCCCAGGAUGACAAGGUGGUCUGAGUUCCUCGCCGCCUACGACUACCGGCUCACACACAGACCCGGUAAGACGAUCUCCCAUGCAGACGCGUUGAAAAAGGGAUGGCCAGAGAAAGACAACGAUGAAGCAUUCAGGACAUUCCGAAACCGGCAAACAGAACUGUCACUACAGAAAGGUUGUUUGCUAUGGGGGGACAGGGUGGUCAUACCGGAAAAACUGCAAGGGAAAGUACUAAAAUUAUUACACGAAGGGCACCCGGGGAUUGUGAGGACUAAAGCUUUGGCCAGAAGCUAUGCUUGGUGGCCAGGUAUGGACAAGGAGAUCGAGGCCUGGGUAGCCAAGUGCUCGCGCUGCCAAGAAACCAGACCAAAUCCCCCCGCAGCACCAAUAUUAGAAUGGGAAACGCCCAGGGGGCCAUGGUCGAGACUCCAUAUAGAUUUUGCCGGGCCCACAAAAGGGAACACAUUCCUCAUCACGGUGGAUGCUUACUCCAACUGGCUGGAGGUAAGCAACAUGAAGACCACCACAACAGAUGCGGUAACCAAGGUCUUAAACAAACUUUUCGCAACCCACGGUCUCCCGGAUGUCAUCGUGUCAGACAACGGACCCCAGUUCACCUCGCUGGAAUUCGAAAAAUUCCUAGCGGAACGAGGCAUACGACACGCACUGACAGCGACGGCGCAUCCGGCGGCCAAUGGUAGGGCAGAA